GCGUAUCUGUACAGGAGACUUUGUGAAGCUUCACAGAAGAACGUGAAGGAGAUAACUAGUCCCCUGAUUAUUCUACAGCUUUGGGCAUGGGAGCAUGUUCUCAUUGGUCAACGGAUGAGGAGUGUGGGUCGUGGUGCAUUUGCGCCACCACUGCUUCCUCCCCCGCAUGUGCCAUAUGGAUCGCGGUGGUCCUUUGAAAGACGAACAAGGACCCACACUGGAUCGGGCGUGGGGUUCUACCGCGAUCAGCUCGAUCUAUUACGUGCUGACCAGUUUCUAUGGGACCCUUACCCUGCUGAGGCAUACACUGCAUUGCCUCAGCACUCGGGCAUAUUGUCAGGGGCGUGGAGAGCAUCUGUACCUCUGAUCUGCUUCGACAUGGUCGAAGUGCAUCUCCCUGAGCGCGUACUGCGCCAAUUUGGGAUGGUACAGGGCAUCCCGCCUCCAUGCGACACAGAAGCGGAGCUCCACCACUCUCGCAAGGGUCGGGAUCCCAAGAACUGGCUAGAGGUCAACUGGCGGCAUGUCGCUCGUUGGGAGCACAGGCUAGAUCUGCUUGCCCAAGGUGCGCCGAUCGAGGAUGCAGGCGCACCUACUACGGCGGAUUACAUGCCGUGGUUCCUCUCCAUUACUCGCCGAUGGAUGACACCACGAGGUAUCUUGGCGGCAUCCCAGUACAAUCCCGCAGCUCCGACGAUGACACACUUUGCACAGGGCAUUACAUCAGUCAUCGGCUCCUCCCAAGAGGAGCCCGUACGGGAGAUUGCCCAAGGCAUACUCCUACGCACGCAGUUUCAACACUUCAUUCCGGAAGUAACUGCGCCCCACACCACUACGUACGCGUACGAGUCAUCUGCUCAUCAACCCGACGUUCAUCUUGAGGAGGUUGACUUAACGUGUCCGGACUAUGGUGGCGGGUCCUCACAGGGUGCCACAUAAUCAAACUAUCAAUCCCCUCCCCUACCCGAUCAUGCGACUGCAUCUUACUAUCGUAGGAGGCGUCGUAAACCGUCACAAUUAGACAGGGUACAGGAGGAGGAUUAGCAUUACAAUAGUUUUGUAAUUAUUUAACAUUUGUACAUACUCAUUUGUAACUUUUGGUCUUUUGUGUGUAAAUUGUAACAUAUAU